ACAUUGACAAAAUAUCUUGGCUUACCUAAUCAAAAAAAAAUUUAUUCAGUUUAAUCGACUUUCAAUACUUUUUGGAUUUAAUACAUUGUAAAUUAUUUUAUAUAAAUUCUCAGCUAAUAGUUAAAAUAUGCCAUUUCCUUGUGAUCCAUUGACGAAUCUGCCGGUUAAAAUCGACAUAGAAAAAAUUAUAGCCGAAUUUAAACCCAAGGAAGCUGAGCGGAAUAUUGAUGAGGAAAAAGGACCCCGUGAUUUCCUACAUUUACCAGAUAAUAACUGGGUUGUAUUGCCAAGUUUUAAAUAUCAAUUGGAGCAUUUGAGGCCAUAUUUAUCAUGUCGCAAUAAUAAAUAUCUUCGAUCUCGUUACACGAAAUUUUUGAAUAAUGUUCCCAAGAAUUAUGUGACUAUCAGCAUCUAUGGCACUAAUAUAAAUAAUAUGCCAAAGCCAAGAAGAAUGUCCCUAAAUGGCCAGUUCUACGGCGUGGAUAAUAAACUUGCACCUAUUCCCAUAAUGGAUGAUCCAUACUCUAACAAACAUAAUUCGCAACCAAAAUAAUUUUGAA